UUUGGUGUCCUGGGGUCUAUCUCUGCGGUUGCAGUAGCCUGACUUGGCGGGAGGGGCGGCCCCGUGUUGGGGGGUCGUGCCUCCUGGUGUGGCCCUGGGACGUCAGUCCUGGAGGCAAGGGUCACUCGAGUUGUGGAGAAAACUAUGAACAUAUCAGAGAACGUGCCCUCGACUGGGUCCCCGCUAGUAUCUCAGGUUCAUGCCGCCGCAGUUAAUGGAGACAAAGGUGCCCUUCAGAGACUCGUUGCUGGAAACCCUGCUCUUAAGGACAAAGAAGACCAGUUUGGGAGAACACCACUUAUGUACUGCGUGCUGGCAGACAGACUAGACUGUGCAGAUGCUCUUCUCAAAGCAGGAGCAGAUGUCAACAAAGCUGACCAUAGCCGGAGAACAGCACUCCACCUUGCAGCUCAAAAGGGAAACUAUCGCUUUAUGAAGCUCUUGCUUACACGCAGAGCAAACUGGAUGCAGAAGGAUCUAGAAGAGAUGACGCCUUUGCACCUGAGCACCCGGCACAGGAGCCCCAAGUGUCUAGCUCUUCUGCUGAAGUUUAUGGCCCCUGGGGAGGUGGACACACAGGACAAAAACAAGCAAACAGCUCUGCACUGGAGUGCCUACUACAACAACCCCGAGCACGCGAAGCUGCUCGUCAAACACGACUCCAACAUCGGGAUUCCCGACGUGGAAGGCAAGAUCCCACUCCACUGGGCGGCCAACCAUAAAGACCCGAGCGCCGUGCACACAGUGAAGUGCAUCUUGGCAGCUGCCCCAACGGAGUCCUUACUGAACUGGCAAGACUAUGAAGGCCGCACACCUCUUCACUUCGCAGUCGCUGAUGGAAACCUAACAGUGGUGGAUGUCUUGACCUCCUAUGAAAGCUGCAACAUAACAUCUUAUGAUAACUUAUUUCGAACCCCACUUCACUGGGCAGCCUUAUUAGGCCAUGCACAGAUUGUCCAUCUCCUUCUGGAAAGGAACAAGGCCGGAACUAUCCCUUCUGACAGCCAAGGAGCGACACCCUUGCACUACGCAGCUCAGAGCAACUUUGCUGAAACAGUUGAAGUGUUCUUAAAGCAUCCGUCAGUGAAAGAUGAUGCUGACCUAGAAGGAAGAACGUCCUUCAUGUGGGCAGCAGGGAAAGGCAGCGAUGACGUGCUCAGGACUAUGCUGAGCUUAAAAUCUGACAUCGACAUUAACAUGGCAGACAAGUACGGAGGCACAGCUCUACAUGCCGCCGCCCUUUCCGGCCACGUCAGCACUGUGAAGCUGCUAUUGGACAAUUAUGCUCAAGUAGAUGCUACUGACGUCAUGAAGCAUACGCCGCUGUUCCGAGCCUGUGAGAUGGGGCACAGAGACGUGAUUCAGACGCUUAUUAAAGGUGGAGCGCGGGUAGAUCUGGUUGACCAGGAUGGACAUUCACUUCUACACUGGGCCGCACUGGGGGGAAAUGCCGACGUCUGCCAGAUCCUGAUAGAAAAUAAGAUCAACCCAAACGUGCAGGAUUAUGCGGGAAGAACACCGCUUCAGUGCGCAGCAUACGGAGGGUACAUCAACUGUAUGGCUGUGCUCAUGGAAAACAACGCAGACCCCAACAUCCAAGACAAAGAGGGACGAACAGCUUUGCACUGGUCCUGUAAUAACGGAUACCUCGAUGCCAUUAAAUUACUGCUGGACUUUGCUGCUUUCCCUAAUCAGAUGGAGAACAAUGAGGAGAGGUACACGCCCCUUGAUUAUGCAUUGCUUGGCGAGCGCCACGAGGUGAUCCAGUUCCUGCUGGAACAUGGUGCCCUGUCUAUUGCAGCCAUACAAGACAUCGCUGCCUUCAAAAUCCAAGCAGUCUACAAAGGGUACAAGGUCAGAAAAGCCUUCCGAGACCGGAAGAACCUCCUCAUGAAGCAUGAGCAGCUGAGAAAAGACGCUGCAGCCAAAAAACAACGGGAGGAGGAAAAGAAGCGGAAGGAAGCUGAACAGCAAAAAGGACUGCUGAGCACAGACCCCCCAAAACCCGAAGGCCCCCCUUGCCCACUCAGCUCCCAGAAUGAGCCCAGCAAGCAGAGUCCUGGCAAGCAGCCACCUGCUAGCCACAAGGUCCAGAGCCCUGACCCAGAACCCAGCAGGUCUGCAGGCCAAUGUCCAGGCAGAGCCUCCCACAAGGACUGUUCCUCAGACCUUCAACGAACAGCCUCCAGGCAGCCAAAUGAAACACCCAAGGAACACUGCAGAGGCCCCUCUGCUUGUUCACACCUCAGAUCCUGUGAAGGUGGUGAUGGCUGCAGGCGUCAGGGAGCAUCCUCUGUGGAGAAGUGCAGAGGUGAGACCAAUGGUGAGCACCAGAGGUGUGAGGAGGGGCCAAGCAGAGGCAGGCAGCCCUUGUCCAUUGGGUCAGCCCGGCCUGCUGAGAAAGGAGAGUAUUCUAGCCCUGCAGUUGCAAGUGCUUCCCAGCAGGACAGUCCCAGGAAGACCAGCAGGAAGCAGGACAAGGCACCCAGGCCCAGAGGUGCUUCCCAGAAAAGGUGCACCCACCAGCUCAAAGACAGGUGCUCUCCAGCAGGGUCCAGCAGGCCUGGCAGUGCCAAGGGGGAAGUUGCCUGUGCCGAACAAAGUUCUCUCCACCAUCGCACACCAAGGAACAAGGUGGCCCAAGACAAGCUUAGAGGAGGGGUCUCCUCAGAUUUGCCACUCAGCACAGAAGAGUUGAAAUCAGGACACAAGAAGCUGUGUGAGGACAUCUGGGCAUCUCCAGAGAAUGAUGUGGCUCAUGGCCCCUCAUCCGGACAGAGUGUGAAUAUUCACCUUCUUCCUGUAGAGCAGCGAUUGCAGAUAAUCCAAAGGGAACGAAGCAGGAAAGAGCUGUUUCGCAGAAAGAACAAGGCAGCAGCAGUCAUCCAGCGAGCUUGGCGAAGCUACCAACUCAGGAAGCACCUAUCUCGGCUUCUGCAUUUGAAGCAGCUUGGAGCUGGAGAUGUGUUCAGAUGUACCCGAGUGUGCACAGCCCUACUCCUCCAGGUUUGGAGGAAAGAACUGGACCUCAAGUUCCCAAAGUCCACCUCAGUAAGCAGAACGUCCAAGAGUCUGCCCAAAGGCAUGUCGGCCACAAAGUCUGCCAGGCACUCAGUGCUCAGGCAGAUCUAUGGUUGUUCUCAAGAAGGUAAAGUGCAUCAUCCUAUCAAAACUUCCAAAGUCCCUCCUGUGCUGCGUCUCAGUUCAGUGAGCAGUUUGCAGUCUGUACAUCUUGACAACAGUGGAAGAUCAAAAAAGUUUUCUUACAACCUGCAACCAGCCAGUCAAUCAAAAAACAAGCCAAAGCUCUAACCCCGGAAGAAGACUAGAACCAGUGUGGAGUUCGGCAAGUCCUUGUAAACUGUCUCCUACUCAUGACAAAGCUCUGCUGUCUGGAUCUAAAGCCUUAUUACCCAGCAUGUGGUAGCAACUCCUAGACAGUGUUCAAAUGCCUCCUCCUGGCUUCUCCUCCUCAGCACUGAAACGAGCCAAGCAGCCUGUUUGUAUGACGGCCUCGCUGUGGGCCUCACCUUGGUCAGCAGGGCUGGAGAUGAGAGCUGGCAUGCCCGUCAGUGUACUAACAACACCUGCACUAAAGGAGCGGUUGGGCUGGGAUCUCUGAUAGCUAACUGGCACAGGCCUAGUUUUUUCACUCUAGAGAAACUACCUAAAUGAGACUGGAAACCUGUGCCACAGCAACCACCUUCAACUCCUUACCUGCCUAGAAAGUACUGUGCUUAAUAUCACAAGAGACAUUUUAAAUUUAGAUCAAAAUCCUAGUAUUUGCAUUGAGAAAG